AUGCUCGGGAGUCAGUCUCGAUUGGUACCUUUGGGAUACCUGGCGACCUGGACAGUGGAGGAAGAGAAAAGGAAGAAAGAGGAGGAAGAUGAGGAGGAAGAUGAGGAGGAAGAUGAGGAGGAAGAUGAGGAGGAAGAUGAGGAGGAAGAUGAGGAGGAAGAUGCGGAGAAAGAUGAGGAGGAAGAGGAGGAGGAAGAUGAGGAGAAAGAUGAGGAGGAAGAUGAGGAGGAAUAUGAGGAGGAAGAUGAGGAGGAAGAUGAGGAGGAAGAUGAGGAGGAAGAUGAGGAGGAAGAUGCGGAGAAAGAUGAGGAGGAAGAGGAGGAGGAAGAUGAGGAGAAAGAUGAAGAGGAAGAUGAGGAGGAAGAUGAGGAGGAAGAUGAGGAGGAAGAUGAGGAGGAAGAUGAGGAGGAAGAGAAGAAGGAAGAAGAGGAGGAAGAAGAGGGGGAAGAGGAGGAAGAGGAGGAGAGAAGAAUAUUUGAGGAGGAGUCGUUAGAAAAACAAAGGAAAAGUAAGAAAGUGAACAGAAGCAAAGAACUGACAGAGCAAUCAACAUAGGAAGAAAAAGAGGAAGAGGGGGAAGAGGAGGAAGAGGAGGAGAGAAGAAGAUUUGAGGAGGAGUCGUUAGAAAAACAAAGGAAAAGUAAGAAAGUGAACAGAAGCAAAGAACUGACAGAGCAAUCAACAUAG